AAAAGUCCACAAACCCUAACCAAAACACCAAUUUCCAUCACAUAUACCGAAAGGAAACCACCAAGAAAAUUCAUAACCAAAGUCUUUCUGCCCUCUUCUUCUUCUUCUCUGUUUAUCACUCUUUUUUUUUUUUUUGUAAAAAAAACUAUUUUUUUGCCUCAUUCAAUACUCUUUGCUGUCUAAGAACAAAGAAAGGUUCUCACUUUUCUUCUUGUAAUGCUAGAUUUGUGUAUUUUCUACAUGUUUACUUGUUGCUUUGUAUUGGGUAUGUGGUUUUUUGUCAGGGUGAUAUUAGAGGACUGUGAUCUAGUUUUUCAGAUGUGUUGAACUUCUUCGUUGUAGUAGAGUGAUAUUUUCUGGAGAUAAAAAGCUUUAGAACCAUGCCGGUUUCCGGGAACGAAGAGCCUGGUGUUCUUGCUCGGCAGUCUAGUAACUCUUCGUCAGGUAUCCCUAUUAAGAAGAGGUGGAACUCUAUGUUCCAACCUCCUUCACCUAUCUGUGCUGAGCCAUCAUCUUUAUCUAAUGAAAAUGAAUCCAAAACCAAAUGUUCUGGGUUGAGCCAGAAAUCGAUCUUGAAUUCGUCUGAUAGUACUGGUAAAACUGACACUUCCAAGAACUCUCUUCUAGAGGUAAAAGAAGAAACACCUUCUGGUGUGAAAGUUGGCUCUAAGCCUACUAUGCUACCAUUUUUAUCCAUAUCUUCGGAAACAAACCCUAAUGCUACCUCUGGAACUUCAAGAAAUGUUGACAAUAUUGUGAAACCAGCAUUGACCCAAAAGCUAGCUAGCCAGGAAGCUAUAGGUAUAACAGUAGUUACUGCUGUCAAGAAGGAAGUUAUUGCCAAACAAGGGGAAAACCACAGUGAACUUGAACUUCCUGCCGGUUCAGGACAUGUUGAACUGUCAUUAGGCCCAAAGAAACCUCAUGUUUCUUCUUUGGUUGAUCCGAAUUCAGCAGGGAGUUGCCUGAUGCGUGGAACUGUACAUCCUUCGUUGCUUUCUCUGUCUUUGAACAAAGGGAAGGACAUUUCCCAGGACGGAAGUUGCAACAAUGGAUUGAAUAACAAUGAUGCUGAUGAUACCGCAUGCACAAAUAGAUCUAACUGGGAUCUGAAUACUCCCAUGGAUUCAUGGGAUUCUGGUGAAGAUUUUCCUGUUCAAGAUGCAAGUCAAGUUGAUCUGUUACGUAAGACAUCUAGUUUACCAGACAUAAAGCUGCCUAUUAGUUCUGCUUCUGUUACGGGUUCUAAUGGUGAUAAAGGGAAGCAAGUUGUUGGAUCUAGUGAGCAGGAAUUUAAUAUUCCCUUCUCAAUACAUCCUAGCCUACCAUACAAGCCUGUGGAUGGGCUUCAUCUUAGUCUUGGUAGUACUUUACUGCGAGGGUUUGACUCCUCUGUACUUCAGUCAUUAGCUAAAGUAGACUCCAGCAGGGUUAGUCCACACUCUAGUUUACUGAAAAAUCUGGCAUUGAGUAGAAAUAUGAAUUCCACUACUUGUAAAACUGUUAAGUCAGAACCUGUAGAAGAAGCCUUGGUACAAGCUAAUGCUAGAACAUUGGAGGCGAAGGUAGGAAAACCUGAAGUUGUGAGGCAGAAUCUGCAGUCUAUUGAGUUGUCAACUAAAGGUCCUCAGGAAUUACUUCAGGAAAAACCAAUGAAAUGUGAACCACUCCAUGAAGUUAGCCAGGAAAUAUCCAUGACAGCAAAUGUGAUUGCUCACCAAUCAGUUGCAAGGGUUUUGCAGCUUCAGGAGAGUUCCUCUUGUUCCUCUUCUUCUUCGACAUUGCCAAUGCCUUUGACCCCUCCACUGGGAUGCCCUUCUAGAUUGUCUACCUGUUCAGAUUUGUCUGUGAGUGGUGGAGACUUGUCUACUCCGUCUGAGUACUCUGCUCAUACUAAUGAAGCUACUAGGAUUAAAAAUGCUCUAGAUCAGGCAAAUGCUGAUAUGGCUGCUCUAAAUGCAAACUUUGAACUCAAAGAAUCAAAUGUAUCCAGUGAUAAAGUAGAGGCAUCUGUUUCAGCGGGCAUGAAUAUUGAAGAUCACAUGGUGCGCAAAAAGAUACAAGACCCACAUAAUGUGUUUGCAAGUGUUGAAGGAUCGGCAAAUGAUGAGGAAAAGAUAAGUAUAUCAGCUGGUACAGAAGAAGAAUGUUAUGGUUCUGAUUAUGAAUCUGAUGGUCAUCAUGCUUUUGCUGGACAUGUUGACUCUGAGAAUGUGGGGUGUGGCAGAGAGGAUGAGGAAUAUGAAGACGGUGAGGUCCGAGAACCAAUGAUGCCAUCGAUUGAAGAAGACCCAAUUGCUGAGGGGAUGGAAUCAGAGAAAAAUAAUGUAUCUUCCAGCAAAAAUGCUCGUUCUUCUGGCAUUGGGGAAUCUCAUUGCUUCAAUAAUGAUGACAAAGGUUACAGUAUACCUGUUCAUACGGAUAAUGAUGACCUUGUGAAAGGCUGUGAUGAAAAAACUGUCCAAAUUGAUCAUAAAGAUGGUAAGUUGCAGAGUCCAUUAUUAGGUAAGGAGGAAACAACAGGAGAUGAUGAGGAGAGGCCAAUUGGCGCUGUUCACCAAGGAUCAGUUGAUCAAUCAGGAAUAGCAGAUGAUCAGGAGAGAUGUGAAAAGGACGUCUUUUGUGACGUAACACCUGUUGGAAGCAGUGGGGCUGGAAGAAAUGCUGGUGAGGCUAAUAACGAGUAUAUUGGAAGAUCUGAUAUGUCAUCGACAGCUGUGUCAUCUUUGCAAAAUGCCGAAACACCUGUUAAUGCUGCCUCUAGUAAAGAUAUCACAAAUUUUGGAAGCAAGAGCCGUAUAAUCAGCUUACCUCGUGCAUCCAAUGUGACACCACCUAGUAAUUUCAGACCUGUUACAGGUAGAUCACUGCCUUCAAGAAGUGGAAGAGAAAGGUAUUCAGAUAUGGAGGAGGAGAAAUUUCAUCUACGAAGGAAUAGGGAAGAAACUUGUGCUGAUGGUCCUAAAUUUGUGCGAGAUAGGAUUCAGGACCGGUCAUUUGGCAGCUCAAGGGGGAACUUCAUGCGGGGAAGAGGGAGGGGCUCAGCCCGAUUUGACAGUUUACGUAGAGAAUGGGAUUCUGGGCAUGAUUUUGAUAGCUAUGGAGGUGUAGCUGAUUAUCGCUUUAGACCUAAACGUAGACCUACUGUCGGGGAAUCUGAAAUUGAACGUAACGAUGGACCGGAUGGUCAUUUUGUUCGGGGCAAUACAAAGUUUACCACAAUGCAGAGAAGAGGUUUCCCUCGAAUGCGGUCUAAAUCUCCUGUUAGAUCUCGUACACGGUCCCCUGGCCCUUGGUCAUCUCCUCGGAGGAGAUUGAAUGAAGGAUAUAAUAAUGGUCCCCCAGAUUCAUCUCAUCACAGGUCACCAGCUAUGUACAGGGAAGAUAGGAUGAGGUCUUCUCCACGGACUUCUUUCACUGAAGAGAUAGUUCUCCGAAGACGUGAUUCCCCCUCAUAUACUACUCGGCGUCUGAAUGAUUUACGGGACGUGGAUGCUGUACAGGAGCACAGUCAUCCGAGGUCUCUUUCUAGCAGAAGAAGUCCACCUGAUCGGGUAUUUACUAGAAGCAAUAGGAGACUUGAGGUUUUAGAUCGUCGGGAGAGGGCUGAUGGGGAUGAGUACUUUGAUGGGCCGAUACACACUGCUAGAUUUCAUGAUCUUCGUGGUGGUGGAAGUACCGAUGAGAGAAGGAAGUAUGGUGAGAGGCGUGGAGGACCCAUUCGUUCUUUUCGUCCUUCUUAUAACAGUGAAAAUGACAAUUUCCGUUUGCACCCAAGUGGUGGUCCUAGGCCUUUUAGGUUCUAUCAAGAAGCUGAUGCAGAAUUUGUUGAAAGAAGUAAUACUAGAGACAGAGAAUUUGAUGAUACUAUCAAGGAUCGACCUUUACCUAGACGAAUGAGAAACGUCGAAGAGCAAGAAGGUGGUAAUUUUAGACAGAGUGGGCAGCUUUGGCACGACGAGGAAUUUGAUGUCUCCAGAUUGAAGAGAAGAAGAUUUUGACUUGAUAAACCUGAAAUAUCAACAGCUGCACCAUGGGAAACACUGUUUCAGCAUCUGUUUGUUCCCGAAAGUGAAUUGUUGUUCCUUGCUGACGUGUACAGGUGAUAUGCUGCGUGUAACUGAGGAACAGAGACAGACUUUUGAAUGCAUCUUGACAAAUGUUAAAUGUUGAAGAGAAAGAAGGCGACGGUCAAAAUAGGGUUCUUGCCUGAAGAGGGUUGAUGUCUCCUCUAUAAAAAAGAAGCAGUUCUUGACUUGAUAUCUCCAUUGAACCUCGAAUCUUUGGGGAGAAUGCACUGAUGCAUGUCUUUAUUUCAGUAAAAAAAGAAGGCUUGUUGCUAGUAGGCCGUCCAAGGAACGUGCUUUUACCAUUGCUUUCUUUUGGAGGAGAAAACUACUAGUUUAAUAUGCUCUACUAUGCUGGCUUGAAUGCUAUUUUUACUAGUUUUAAGUUGCUAAUAUGCAUGCUGGCUUUGUGUAAAGCUUCUGGGUUCAGUGGUUCUAACCAGCUUGUGUUGGCCAGUUAGAGAAACAGGCCAGUGAUGGGAACUUAUCCAAGGUUAAAUUAUGCAGGUUAAGUAUGAUAUUUAACAAUAACACCAUCUGUGACACCUUUAUCAUUGAUGAGAUGGAUGUACAUACUACCUCAUUUGCAUCUCUUGAGACGUUGUUCCCGUUCUCUUAAGUUCUUUUUUGGUUUAACUGUUCGGAAUUUGAAGCCACUGGUUUAACUAAACCACGUUUGCUCUGA